AUGGGUCUACUACGAUAUGCAGCAUUUCUGGGCAUUGUAGCGAUGUUUUUUCGUUAUGGCACCGACAUUUUUCAAACAAAGCAUCCACUUCAUAUUGAAGGAGAGGUAGAUAGCAAGUUCGAAGGCGUGCGAAAAGCUUUCGAGCAAAAUUUCAUCGAUGAGUGGGAAGCGGAAGGAGCUUCCGUAGCAGUUUUCGUUAAAGGGCGAAAAGUUGUCGAUCUAUGGGGAGGUUUUGCAGAUACGCAGGCCGCAAGAAAAUGGAGAAAGGAUACGAUAAGUGUCGUAUUCUCAACGACUAAAGCUGUGGCGGCCGUUUGUAUUGCACUGCUAGCCGAUAGGGGAAGACUUAGCUAUGACGAUCUUGUUUCAAAGCAUUGGCCAGGUUUUGCAAAGAAUAACAAAGAAAAUAUCACGAUCGAAUGGGUGAUGUCUCAUAUGGUUAGCGAGUGUGUUUUCUAG